AUGAUUCACGGGAAAUUUUCUAUAAAUAAAAAUCUAAUUCAGAAAACUGGCAACAUCGGAGAAAGGAUCCUGCUAUUCCCCAUUCUCGCACGAAUCAGUUGUUACUUGUUACUUGUUUGCCGUGGUUAG